AAGACUUUGAAAUUAAGACGAUCAAUCAUCAUCAUCACUGUGCACGCAGACAAGAGUACUCCCUCUCACGGCUCCAAUUGUGAUUACCAGAAACCCGUCUCAAAUGCCAAACCUGAAAACCACAAAUCAACAAAGCUCUCUACUUAGGAGGAAGAGACCCAGGAAGCCACCAAUCGACAGAGGCGAUCCCCCUCAGACCAACUCCACUCUCAUGGCCAAAAAGGUGACAAAGAAAACAGGUUCCGGCAAAUCGUCCGGGAUCAAUAUUCUUUCCAGGUCUGCACCGCCGAUAAGUAAAGGUGACCCUCCUCAGACGAACAGUGUUCUCAUGGCCAAACCCAACAAGCCGGAGAUAGAUAAAGGCAACCCUUCCCAGCAUAACGCUAUUAUCGAGGGAAGCAGCUAGCAGUGAGGAAGCUCACGCUGCGAUUAGCAAGCAGAUGGAUCAUCACGAAGUAGGGAUGACAGUUGAGUUGCAGUGAAUUGAUGAGAUUCUAUUCUCUGCUUUAUGAGAAUAAUUUUCCUCAUUUAUUCAACUGUUUUCUCUUAGCUGCAUGUAUUAUUAGGAGAACUGYACUCUAGCUUGUUUGAAAUUUGAAUAAGUAGAUGUAAUCGUUGAUACCGCAAUUAAUAAGCAAUUACAGUACCAAAGAAAGUGGAU